AACAAUCAACAAUCAACAUGAAGAUCUUUUUAGUUAUCUGCCUGGUGGCUGCCUCUCUCGCUGCUGAAGAUGUCCUUCGUGGUAUCCUCCGAUCCCCCAAAAUGACCCUCGAGCUCUACGGGGAUUUCAAAUCCCAGGAGCACCUCAAGUUCCUUGCAUCUGAAGACCGAAUGAGGUUCCGACUCUUCCGAUCCAAUGCUCAGCUGGUAGCUCAAGCUAACGAGGAGGGAGGAUCUGCCAUAUUUGGUCUCAACUUCUUCUCUGCGUUGACUGAAGAUGAGAAGCAACAGUACCUUGGACUGAACGUUACUGGACAUGACGAGAACCCUAUGCACGUUGCCUCCUCUUUAUCCAGUCCCCCUGAAAAGAAACUCUGGACCAAUGAGGGUAAGGUUACAGCAGUAAAGAACCAAGGAAGCUGUGGAUCUUGCUGGACGUUCGGAGCAGUAGGAGGAUUGGAGACAAGGUACCACGGAGUGUCUGGUAAACUGAGGAACUUCGCAGAGCAGGAAUACCUGGACUGUGUCUACGAGGGACAGAGGAAUGGUUGCAACGGUGGAUGGCCUGAUAACUGUUACGAAUACUCCAAGAAGAACGGUGGAAGGUUGGCUUCAACUGCUGACUACGCAUACGCUGGUAAAGAUGGUAGUUGCAAAGGAAGUUCGAAACCUGACGCUAUGGUGGCUGCUAAAAUUGUCGGCUACACCAGUGUUAGCCCAACUGAGGCCGCAAACAUUCAAGCCCUUGCAUCAGGCUCCUUGUCCGUCGCUUUCGAAGUGACAAGUUACUUCCAACAGUACCGAGGUGGCAUCAUAAAAGACACAACAUGCACCGGGAGACCAAACCACGCCGUCACAGCUGUAGGAUACACGUCGAAUUUCGUCCUGGUAAAGAACUCUUGGGGAUCAAAAUGGGGAGAAAGCGGAUUCGUGAAGUUCGCUCGAGGCUACCCCUCCAAUUGCGGCCUCUUCAAGUACAGCAGCUACCCCAACCUUGAUACAACCGGACAGUCUGACAACACUCCUUCUGAUAAAGCCACCGACUACAAACCUUCUGAAAACGAUGAUGUUACCCCAAACCCUAAACCUGACCCAAACUGCACAGACAAGGCAACUAACUGUCAUCUCGAUUGGUGCACCUGGGAAAACUGGAAAGACACAGUCAAAGAGUACUGCCAGAAGACUUGUAAAUUUUGUGGAGAUGAUGGAGAUGAUGGAGAGUGCGCCAGCGGCACCAUAAGAUGUGAUGACGGAGUGUGCCGACACGAACACAUGUGCUAGAUCUCAACAACUUCUUGAUGUUUACAAUUUCAUUUGUAUCAUUUGACAAGUAACACUGCAUUUAAA